GCACUCGGGUUCCUCACUCAUUCCAUCCAACCUCAUCUUCGCCACGAACAUGGCUGUUCCCCGUCCACCUAUACACAGACUAGACAUCUCAAAGGGAUUUGAAACCCUAUCUACAAAAGAGAAACAUUAUGCCCAUCACAUGGCGCGCGCUGCGUGGCACGGGGCUAGAAUCAUCCUCCGCCAAGUAUCGCCUGAAUCAAUCGACAUCUUUGAUUAUAUCCUCAAGCUUUACGAAAGUUGCUCUGGAGACUGGAAUGUGCUUGUUGUCGAAGGAUACAUUAGUCGGCGGGACUGCGAUGCGUUUUUGGAUUAUGCAGCGGUGUUUCUGUCAAACCUGGGGAAUUACCAUGGCUCCGGCGAUCAGAAGUUUUUGCCAUCAAUCUCCCCUGCGGCGCUGGUCACGCUGUCGAACAAGUCUCCAAGGCUUCAGGCCCUUUAUCAGAAAAUCUCCAGCGCGAUACUGACCGUGCCGCCGUACAGCCUGGGGUACCCGAGCGAUACAGCGCAGAGCGCAUACUACUUGGGAGACUCGACCAUCACCCAAGAGGAGAUAGCGGCAAUCUCCCAGUGGUUAGAAAAGCAGUCCAUCUUCCCCGAAAACACACGUAUCCGGAAGAUAUCCGGCCUCGGGAAAUGCACAUUCGAAGUCUUGCAAGCAUCGGUGGACCGAGAUAUUGAACCCGCUGAAUUCGAAUUACCGUCUCUCGGUGCCACGAUAAGGGUCAGACGUGGUGAUCACUCGGAAGAGCUGGAAAGGAUUUGCAAUUGCUUAUCAGAAGCGAAGAAGUAUGCAGCAAAUGAGAAGCAGGAGCGCUUCCUGUCUCAAUACAUUGAGAGCUUCAGGACAGGUAAUUUGAGAGCCUACCGUGACUCGCAGCGCACGUGGAUCACCGACAAGGGCCCUCGUGUCGAGAAUAUAUUCGGGUUCGUCGAACCGUAUAGAGACCCGCAUGGUAGUCGCGCAGAAUUCGAAGGCUUGGUGGCCAUUACGGAUGUCGACGAGACAAGGACGUUGAUGAAACUUGUCAAGAAUUCCAGUACCUUUAUCAAAAGACUUCCUUGGGCUGGAGGUACCGAGAACGAUGGCAAAGGGCCGUUUGAAAAGGCGCUAUUCGAACCGCCAGAUUUCACAAGCAUUCACUCUCUCGCAUAUUGCUCGAGCAUCAUCUUUCCAGGGAUCAACUUGCCCAAUUACAAUGACAUCCGCGAUGAAUGCGGGUUCAAGAAUGUUAUUAUAGCAAAUCGCAUGAGCUGCGAAGGCAACAAAUCGCACCAAAGUCCCUUCAUCGACCCCGCCGAAGUCGACUCUUUCCAGAGAGCAAAGUAUCCCGCUUAUUACUGGUGGGUGGUUCUUCACGAACUCCUCGGCCAUGGCACAGGGAGGAUGAUGGUCGAGGAGUCGGAGGGCAAUUUCAACUUCGACAUCCACAAUCCGCCGAUAAGCCCUUUAUCUGGUGAGCCCAUCACUAGCUGGUACAAGCCGGGACAAACCUGGACGGGCCAAUUUGGUGAUUUGGCUACCACGGUGGAUGAGUGUCGAGCUGAGCUUGUGUCCGCUUAUCUCAUGGAUGACGAAGAGUUGCUUGGAUUGUUUGGAUAUGAUGAGAGUUCUGAGAUCACUGCCGAAGAUUUAACGUAUAACACAUAUUUGCAGCUCGGAACAGAUGGUCUGCGUGGACUGGCGAAUUAUAACGCGGAGAAUGGGAAAUGGGGUCAGGCCCAUAGCCGAGCUCACUUUGCAAUCCUCAAAUGCCUCUUGAACGACAGCAAUGGCUGCGUCGCCGUAGAUUAUGAUGCACAAGCCAAGAGUCUCACUGUACGUGUCGAUCGGUCAAAGAUCGUCUCGCAUGGCAAGCCCGCACUUGGUCGCAUGUUGCUACGCUUGCACAUAUACCGUUGUACCGCGGACGCCGAAUCAUGCCGCGAGUACUAUGAAGAGAUUUCGCGGGUGCACGACGAAUAUCUUGCGUGGAGGGAGGUUGUUCUAGCCAAGCAGGAGCCCAAAUGGGUGUUUGUUCAGGCGAAUACUUUUCUCCAUGACGAGGAGGUGGUCUUGAAGGAGUACCCAGCAACCGUUGAAGGCGUUAUUCAAAGCUGGGCUGAGCGACGAGUUUGAGCUAGAUUCAGGAGGGC